AUGGAUAAUUUGGCCAACAUGGAAUUCAGUGUCGAAUAUACGAUUUAUCCACCAUUUAUUGGCCUCAAAGAACACGGUUCCACCACGACAAUGAAAGGUGUUGAUUUUUAUCUUUUAAUUGAAUUAAGUCGACAAUUAAAUUUCACAUUUCGAUUGAUAAAUCUAACCGACAAUUGGUAUGAACGUUUGAUGGCCAAUCAAAGUCUUGUGGACAUCAUAAUCGGUGGUUUUCAUUUGAAUUAUGAACGUUCAAAAUUGUAUAAAAAUCUUUAUCCAUAUUUUAUGGAUCAAACAUCGAUUAUGACAAGACAAUCAAAAAAUCAUGAAUCAUAUCAACAUGAUCGAUUACUUGAUCCAUUUGAUGAUUACAUUUGGUUGGCCAUUUUGUUUUCAUUAAUACUACUGCCUUUAUGGACAUUGAUUACGGUGCAUUGUAAUUCAAUCAAUUCCGAUUCGAUUCUGGAUUCCUGUUCAAUAUGGUUGUAUAUUUUGCUCAAACAAAAUGUUCUUUCACGUUUAAAACGUGAAUCAUCGCCCACAAUUAUUGUAUCGGCCGUAUGGAUUUGGGCCACAUUUAUGUUGUCCAAUUUUUAUGCCGGAUGUCUACUAUCAAUGAUUAGCAUACCAAUUAAUAAUCGUAUUGAUUCAUUACAAGAAUUGUCCGAUUAUUGUCAACAAGAAAAAAAUAUGGUCGUAUUGAUGGAAAACAAUACGACUACAAUGAAAAUUAUGAUGGCUGAUAAACCGCUUUUUGCACCAAUGAUUGCUCAUGAACAACUUGUUGAUCAACAAACAGAAGCAAUUAGCCUUAUACUUGAUGAAUCAAUGGCCAAAAUGAAUGGUAAAAGUUAUGCAUUUUUACAGUAUUAUACAAUACUGAAAAUAAUUCAACAAAGUUUCAGCCCUAUAAAACAUCGAUUACAUGUGGCCAAAGCAAGUGAACAAUCAUCCAUACAUACAAGUCCAACGUGUUUUCUAUUCAGAUCACAAUUUUCAUAUGUUCGCCAAUUCGAUCGAAUCACUAUUCAAUUAUUUAGCUCAGGUAUUUAUCAAUCAUGGCUUGAUAAUGAAUUCCGUACAGCCAGAAUGUAUAUAUUUGCCACAACAUUGAUCAAAAAGUUAUCUUAUCGUCAAGAUGACGGUGAAAACAAUCAAAAUGAUGAUGGAAAUUUUAAUGAUGACGAUGAUGAUGAUAACGACAGUUUUCGUCAUCUAACACUAUCACAGUUAAUGAUCUGUUUUCAUCUGUACAUGAUGGCCAUGGCCAUGGCCAUAUUGGUGGCAAUUGUUGAAUUCUUGUGGUUCAAAAAAAAAACAAAACAAAAAUUGUUUUUGUACUUAUAA